AUGAAUGGGGAUGAUGAUGAACAGGGCGAAAAGUUGAAUGGAAUUCGACAAAUAGUUCGAUUGAAGGAAAUGCUCAAGAAAUGGCAAUACAUAACCUUUAGUCCAAGGGGGAAUGGUCUUCCCUCAGACACUCCCAGUGGUCACUGGGGAAUUUCUCCGGCAAUAAACAGGAGGCUCAGGAAUUCAUAUGUUAUGUGUGAUUCCGAUGAGGAGAAUUGCAAUUGCCAGGAACCACCACCUGACGUUCCCAAAGGGUAUUUGGCAGUCUAUGUUGGUUCAGAGCUUGAAAGGUUCAUCAUUCCCACUAGUUAUCUUAGCCUCCCUGCGUUCAAGGAGUUGUUGGAGAAAGCCGAAGAGGAAUAUGGGUUUAAACACAAAGGAGGGCUAAACAUUCCUUGUGAGAUCGAGACCUUCAAGUCUCUCUUGAAGUGCAUGGAGAACAAUAACCAUAAGAAUCACCCUGAAGAUCACUCGGAAAAAUUCCAUCAUAGAGAAUUGCUCUCAUUGUAA